CGGGUGGGCAAGAAGGCGAGGCGGAAGGUGCUGCAGUGGCUCUGGGCGUACACCUACUGCCCCGUGCUCUACACCUGGAAGGACCUGGGCGUCCGCUUCUGGCCGCGCUACAUCAAGGAGGGCAACUGCUUCGCCGAGAAGUCCUGCUCGCUGCCCGAGGGCAUGUUCUGCAAGCCCGUCAAGUCGGUCACCAAGACGUUCCUGCGCUGGCACUGCCAGGGCUGGUCCAGCCAGAAGUACUGCACCUGGAUCCCCGUGCAGUACCCGCUCAUCUCCGAGUGCAAGUGCUCCUGCUAGCACGGCCUCGCGCCGCCCCGGCCCUCGCGCUGCUCUCUUUGCUCGUCUGCAUCUUCCGAGGGGGGUUCGUCCGCCCUCCCCCUCGGGGCGAGCGCGGGGCGUGAUGGGGGGGUCGGGGGGAGGAAGCGGGUCUGACUUAUUUUAAUGUUAUUUUAUUUGAAAGGGGGAGAAGCGAACCCAGGAACUGCAGGGCAGGCCAAAGGCACAGUAAAGCACUACAAUCAGAUGUCUAUUUUUAUACGUAUAUAGCCUUCUAACGAAAGGAAAAUAAUAAUAAUA